UUAGCUUAAAUGGUUUUGUUUUGAGAGGAAAACGUCAGGAAUUGUGUAUAAAAAAGGGGAGGGGGGACGUAACUGGUGUCCGAGUCUCUUCUUGACAGUCGUGCUGAGGAUAUUCCGCAUACAUGUUUGCAUCAAACCCUUCUGGUUAUAUCUGUCCGGAGUUUGCGAACAUGUGAAGGUUGUAAACAAGGAUUGUGUAAAGGAAAAGGAGAAUCCAGAGAAGAGCGAGGAUGACUGAGAUGAUGAAGGUUGAAGCAGAUGAACCUGGAGGGUUCAGCUUGGAGCCCUCCAUACCUGGAGCAUCCACAUCACAUCUGGGGCAGGAGACACAAGACAGCAAAGAUCUCAUUCAUCAGAUGUUUGAAAUUAAAGUGGUUCCUCAUGACUGGAACCCAAGUUUGGAUCAGCAGGACCCAGAUCCCCAUAUAAAGGAAGAGGAGGAGGAACUGUGGAUCAGUCAGGAGGCAGAGCAGCUUACUGUGAAGAAAGAAAAUGAAGAGAAACCUCAGUUUUCAGAGGUACAGGUGAUCAAGAUUGAUGACCACAGAAAGACAGAACCACCAAUCAGCUGUUUGGGUAACCACAUGACAGAAACUGAUCGGCAGGACUGUGGAAUAUCAGAACCGGAGAAAAACCCUGAUCCAGUGUGUUCUUCUCAACAAAGUAAAAUGAAAGUUCACAGAUCUAAACUGUGUUCCACAAACUCGGCGAAAGUGGGAGCCGAUGCAGGAGAGAGGCCGUUUGAUUGCAGUGUUUGCGGCAAAAGGUUCAAACGCAAGUCUCAUGUUAAAUUACACAUGAUGACACAUACUGCAAAUAGAGAACAUAUCUGUGAUAUUUGCAGUAAAGGAUUUAGAGAGAAGAGUUCUCUUCAGACACAUAUGAGACGUCACACUGGAGAGAGACCGUUCGCCUGUGACCAUUGUGGCAAAAGAUUUCAUGCAAAGAAGUUUCUUACUACUCACAUGAAGGUCCAUUCAGAAGAAAAACCCUUUCCCUGUGAUGUUUGUGGUACAAAAUUUAGGGUAAAGGAAAGUCUUAAAAAUCAUAUGUGGAUCCAUACCACAGAAAAACCAUUCGUUUGUAAUAUUUGCAGUAAAGGGUUUUCACAAAAAGAGAGUCUAAAAAGCCAUUUGCGUGUUCACACAGGAGAAAAACCAUUCAUUUGUUCUCUUUGUAGUAAAGGGUUUUCACGACAACAAAGUCUAAAGAGUCACAUGCAUGUUCACACAAGAGAGAAACCUUUUGUUUGUAGCAUUUGCAGUAAGGGAUUUUCACAAAAGGAAAGCCUAAAAACUCAUAUGCGCGUUCACACAGGUGAAAAACCAUUUAUUUGUAGUAUCUGCAGUCAAGGGUUUUCACUAAAAGAGAGCCUAAAAACUCACAUGCGUGUUCACACAGGUGAGAAACCGUUUACUUGUGAUGUCUGCAGUAAAGGAUUUUCACUAAAAGAGAGUCUAAAGAGUCACAUGCGUGUUCACACGGGGGAAAAACCUUUUACCUGUAGUGUUUGUGGUAAGGGAUUUUCACAUUCUGGGGGUCUAAAAACACACAUGGCUGUUCACACCGCACAGUUUAGAUGUAGCGAGUGCGGCAAAUGUUUUGUAAAGGAAAUACAGAUGGAGCGACACAUGAGGCUGCACUCUGAGGAGAGGCCAUAUGGUUGUGAUGUCUGUAAAAACAGAUUUAAACACAAGUGUCACCUUGAAAGUCACAUGAAACUCCAUUCAGGAGAGAAACCAGCUGUGUUUAGUGUUUCCUGUGAAGCAUUUUCUCAAGAUAUUCUCCAGAAACACAUAAAUGUCACCAAGGGCUGCAAGUAAUGAUUAUGAUGAUAGUCAACAAUUUUGGUCAAUAUCAUGGAAAAAAAAAAAAACUUUUUACUUUUAUGAUCAAGAUUUUAUUUUGAUUUGCUCACAUUAAAGAAUUAAAGAAUACAGCAUCUACUUAGCACUUCUACCCCUAUUUUAAUUAGAUUGUGUCAAGCUCAAUAGAUGUUUAAGCAACAUGAACAUUUUAUAUUAUGCUUAUUGUCCCCAAAAUUAAUCUCAGUAUCUGGUUCAACUUCAGCAUCAAAGUUAUUAUUAGUAUCACAUGUAGUAGUUUUAAUAUUUUCCAUGACAUUCUCACCAACACAACUAUAAUGCCUUCUUUACUGAAUGAUGUUGGGGAUAAAUUACAGACGGAAACACGGACACAUGACGCCCAGAAAUCAAACUGUUGAUUUUAUUUUAUUUUUUUAUGAACAGAAAGGCUACUGUUUAUAGUUUAAAUUAGCAUCUUGCUAUUCCAAGUUCAGGGCACUUUAGGCCUGGACAGUUCCUUACUGCGAAGGUUUGCUGUGUUGACAACAUGAAUAGAUGCAUAAACCCACAUGUUGUUAAGUGAUAUUUCGAUCAGUUGAUUUUCAUGGGCUCCUCUUCUGGUCUCAGUUGUGAUGAAACAUUUUCACUUCAUUCUCUCUACUGUUAUGCGUGUCACCCACGUUUUCACUUGUGUGUACUGCCACUCCAAAGCUUUUUUUCAUUCUGCCAACUUUACAUUUUUAAAUGUCAUCUUCUUUUGCUGUACAGUGUUGCAAAUAGAGGAAAUACAAGAUAAAAAUGAAUAAAUAGUGAUUGUGAUGCACCCACAAUGUAUUUUCUUGCUUAUUUUAGAGGUGGAAAUUUACAAAGUUGAUCAUUUACAUUCCAUGUACUAAAAAAAAACAAACAGAUGUAUUAGGAAAUCAUCAGUGGGCAAUCCAGGAUGGAGGCUGCUGUUUAUGAGCAAAGAGGCUCAUGUGGCUAAUUGUUAAAAAAAACAAAACAAAAAAAAACAGUGCAUUUAAAGGCUCUUAUUGUGAAAAUUUAAAGGUUUUGGUACCUAGAACUUGGAACCUGAUCAGCCACAUCAUUUCAAAGAGUGCAUCAGCCUGCUCAUCAUGCUGCCUCUGAAGGGAUGCACCAUCAGAGCACAUUAGGUAAAAAUCCUUAGUUUUACUGUGUAAAAGGUUUUACACUUGGAAAGUAAUAGCAAAAAUAUUUAAUUGUAAAUAUUUGUCUUUCAGUUUCUGUUGGAGGUUUAUAAAAACCAGAGCAUUCCUUGUCAUUCAUAGUUCAGUGAUGAGGAAAUUAAACUGCCAAAUGAAACAUUUUGAAGCUACUAUCAAAAAGUAGCGGGUUCGUUAUAUGAAGCAUUUCUACACAUUUAUCGCUAAGGGCAUAAGGAGGCCAAAAGUGAGAGCUAAGUUGUUCAAUUUUAAGUAAAAAUGAACUGCUUCUUUACAAUUGCAAACACUUGAGUUUUACUGACAAUCGCCAAUUAAUCACGAUGUGGGAAAUGUGUUUCAUAUCAGAGAGUCAUAGUGCUGCUUUGUAGAUGUAUUUAUUGUGAAAGCAAAUUCUCAUUUGUCUUUGUAUAAUAAACAAUUUCAAUGAAUAAACAUUCUUUGCUAGAG